GAUUUUGAUCCCGAAGAUAUCUGGGGUCUUCAGAAAAUUGAUUUCAACAGACAGACAGACGGACAUGGCUUAAUUGACUCCGCUAUCUAUAAGGAUCUAGAAUAUAUAUACUUUAUAGGAUCUGAAAAUUAUAUUGUGGAAAUUACAAACGGAAUGACAAACUUAUAUAUACCCGUCUCACGAUGGUGAAGGGUAUAAUAAAACAACUAACUAAUUGAGAACCGUUCCAUUAAAGUGUAUUGACUCCGAAGUAACAAUUUCGGACAGAAAUUAUUUAGCUUAAUAAAUUAUAUUGAAUUUUGCCAUUCGAAAACGAGUUAAAUUUUUGUAUCGUUCGUGAUAGUAAGUUUAUUGUUAACAUUUAUUGCUAACAACUAAUCGACAAAACCAUCUUUUGAAUUAAACAUAGUGCUACAAAUAUGCUAUCGAAAGAUGUAAAUAAGAAAAAAAACACAGUUUCAGAUUUCGAAUGUGUACGAAUGUCGCGUUCGGGACCAUAUAUAUUUGUAAACAAAUUUUUCACGAACUACCCCACUGUGAACUUUUUUUUAUAUAUUUUUAUUAUCAUUUCCAAAAAACUAAUGAUAACCAUUAUGAUAUGAUAUGGUUUAAUCUGAAAAAAGCGAUAGCUUUUUUGGAAUAAAUGUACAAGAAUAAAUUUGAUUUAGUCAUUAACGCAACUAUGGUGGAUAAGCAAAUAAUAAUAACAAAAUAUGUCUUGUAAUAAUACCAGCAAUAUUUCAACGGCAGCAAAAUGUUUCAAAAACAUCGAAUUAGUUACAAAUAUUUGCAAAUAUUUAAACUACGAACAACAAUUACAAUUGCUGCAAGUCUCCGGAGAAUUGAAAUAUAUUAUAACGAAUUUCGUGUGGAAUAGAAAAUUUAAAGAAGUGGAAGUUUAUACAUUUCCAAAAGAAAACAAAUUUUUUGUAUCAAAUAAAAUUGAUACAGUAGCCGGCAGUUACUGUAGAUACAUGCACAUGUCAAAUUUACGUGAAAUGUUUCAGCAAAAUAAUCUACUUUUUCAAAGCAAUGAAAUGGAAUGUUUCUUUAAUUUAAAUUUUUCUAAUAUAAAAAAAUUAAAUUUAAAAUUAUGCCUGGAAUUAGAAUUUCCUUUAAUAAAAAAAUUUACAAAUCUUAUCUAUCUCAGAUUAGCAAUGACAUUGUCAACUCAAGUGUUAAAAAAUGUAGCCAAUAAUUGUUCAAAACUGGAAACUUUGAAGUUGGUUGAUUGUUUUAAUCCAGAGGGUCAGCCGUUUCUAUUAGAUCAAGAUCUAGAUAUACAGGUUAUAAAAAAUAUGACAAAUUUAAAGAAUUUAAUUAUAAUUUUUACCGGAUGGAAUUACAGAGAGCGCUUGUUUAACUUUUCCAACGUUAAACAUAUUUUAAAUCAAUUCAAUUUGCAGCAUCUAAACUUAAGAUUUGCUAUUGAAGCCGACAUCUGUGCACCGGAACACAAUUUAACUUACGAAAAUUUAAAGGUUUGCAAAAAUUUUGAAAUGGGUCCCUGUUAUCAAUUUAAGGAUUUCUUAUAUUUUCAAACAAACAUGUUGCCGAAUUUUGAAAAUCUAAGCCAUUUAGCACUUACUUGUUAUAAAGGGUAUUACUAUAGAAUUUAUAAAGAUUUCUUUAAUAUUUUAUUGAAAUCCUGUAAAAAUUUAACACAUUUAUCAUUAGAUACCUGCUGCAUAGAGAAUUUCGUAGCACUGCCCAAACUACAAGAACUUAAACUCCAAACAUGCAAUAACUUAACAUGGUUGAAUUUGAAGACCAUUUUACAGGACAUGCAUUUAAAAAGCUUUAUAUCUUACAACACCCAGUACUGUGGUGAUUCGGAAUAUUUCCUUAUUUCAAACACAUUAGAAAAAUUGCAAUGUGAUUUCUGGGGCGAUGAACUCAUAGGAUUAUUAAAUUUUAAUAAGAAAAAUCUGAAAAACUUAUUUCAUUUCAAUUGGGAAAAUGGUUGUUGGCCAGAUUGCCCAUUGAACCUGGCAAAUUUUGCGCCAAACUUGAAAGUUUUGUACAUGCAAUGGCGUUAUUUAAAUGUAAAAGAUUGUUUCGAAUUGAAAUGUUUGGAAAAAAUAGCUAUCGAUUUGGAUGGUAAUAUAGAUAUUGAUAUGUGCGAACUGCUGCAGCUAUUAAAACACGACAACCUAAGAGAAUUAACAAUUGACGACUUCUAUGAGCAUAAUCCGGAUGUGGACUUCAGUCAAAUCAGAGCUUUUGAAACUAAGCUUCAGCAUUUUACUCUUUAUAGUGAAGUAUUCUAUGCGUUGGCAGACUUUUGUUUGGAUUUAUUGCAAAUAAAUGGCAAAUUGUCUUUAACCUGUUUUGGUAUAACUUCUGAUUUAAUUAGCAAAAUAUUCAGUAAUGAAAAAUUUCCAAGUCGUUUUACAUGUAUAAAUAUUUGUGGAUUUUCUAUCGAUUGUGCUUCUAUUCGGAACCAGUGCGUGGAUACUAUGGAUCUAGUUAAAUUAAUUAUGGAUAGCUUUCAAUAUCUCCCUGAAAAAUGCUAUUUUAUUCUAGAAUAAUGCAGAUUAUCGAUUUGACACCAGUUGACAAUUGUUUUUCAACAUGAAAUUGCCACAAAGAAUAAAAACACAGCAUGAGCGCUUAAUCGAAUACCAUUAUUAGCAAAAUCAGUGCGCUUGAAGAAUGAAAUCCUAACUCGAUUUAGCUACAUAUGUCAGUGUAAAACACUCUUAUGGCCAAAAUACA